CAAAAUGGCUGCGCCCAGCUGGCCCUUCUCCUCCGGAGCCCCUUUGUUGCUCCUCGCCUUCCUGGCCGCCUUCCUCGCUGGGGCCUCGCCAGGGGCCCUGGGCAGCGGAGGGCCGGAGAGGGAGAGGGCCUCCGCAUGGCUCUGCGACGGCGAGUGCUGCGCGGGUCCGGCGAGGAAGGGCUCUGCGGUAGCCGCCUUCUGCUCAGGACGGGGGCCGGGAGCGGCGCUGAGGGGACGCUGCUGCCUCGAAGGACAGGCGGCGAUGAUAGUGGGGCUGGACCUGGGGAACUGCUCCCUGCAGAGGCUCUGCUCCAGCUUCCAGGAGGCCAGCACCGCCAUCGUCAUUGAUCUGAGCGAUAAUCCAUUGGAACCUCUCCCCACGGAGGCCUUCCGGGGAUUUUCUCACCUGGAGACCCUGGUUCUGCCUCUGAAUGUGGACUGCCCUGGGGGCAGCGAAGGAUGGAACAGCACCUCCGUCCGAGGGAACAGCCGGGUCUGCCAAGGCCAGAGGAACCCCUGCGAUGGCUCAGCUGGACUAGGCUGGCUGUGCCCAGAGGGCUCCCUCUGUGCCCCCGAUGGGCCUGGCUUGCCCCAGUGCCUAUGUGUGAGCCCAUUCCAUGGCUACAAGUGCUUGCGCCAGGGCACCUUCCCUUACCUGCCCUUCUUUGGGACUUUGGGAGCUGUCACUGCCACCCUCUCCGUCCUGCUCUGGACCACCCAGCGGAGGAAGGCCAAGGCGUCCUAGUGCAGACGGACCCAUCGGUGUCUGGCACAGGACAAGGGGCAGUGGGGCAGCCUUUAGUGUGCCAUGUCUGAUGGACCAUUCCUGGGACAACAGCAUCCGUUGCACAGACUGACAUUUCUCUUCUCCAAGAACUGGAGCCCGGUCAUGUGGGGCUGAGCUUCACUCCCAGCCCAAGGGGCCAGAUCCAUCUUUUGCAGGACUCUGACUGUUGCUAAUAAAGGGGCUGCCCCAGUCUA